AUGCAGAGCUCUCCGUCCCUCUUUCCUUUCCCUUCCCUAAUUAUCUUUAUCUGUACACACACCUCUACUCUGCUUUUUCUGCAUUUCUGUAUGCACACUGCGUUUUUAUUCUCUCCCCUCCCCGCUAACGGAGGUGGGCACUCUUCCCAGAGCUGGUGCAUCUAAGCAGGUGCAGCCUCUUUCUCCCCUCCCUCCCUCCUUCUCUCCCUUCCCUUGCUCUACCAGUGUGCACUCCGCUCUGUUGGAUUUUUUUUCCCCUCCUCCCCACCUUUCUCAUUCGCUCCCUGUCUCGGUGGCAGCAGCUCAGGAGGCAGCUGUGUGCGCGUCUGCAUCACCAUUGCUACAGGUAAAGACGGCUGCAUUGUUGGAUGCAGCAAACUCCAAAAGGGGUAGAGGGUUGGCUGGUUGGUUGAUUGGGGAAGUGCGUGCCUCUGUGGUUGCAAGUCUUCACUCCGGAGUGGGAUGCACAUCUUUAAUCAUCUCUAAAAAAAUUUUUUUAAAAAGCUUCCAGGACUGAAGGACGGGCAGAGGAGCUCAGCUACCAGACCAACUGGCGGACUGAAAAGCGUGCAGGCAAUCAGGAACUAAAAGGGACAAAAACAACCAGCACUCUUUGGAAUUUUUUUUUCCAACACUAUCCUCUCCUGAUGGUCUUACUUUUCUUCUGAUCUUUCCUUAAUUUUUUUUCCUAUCAACUGCCUGGUUCCUCAUCAACACCUCCUCUCACAAUUUAUCCCCACUGUGGCGGAAUGUUCUUUGCAAAUACGUGAGAGGAAGCUUCCUGAGGGCUUUGCUGCGGCAUUAACAAACGGUACCCUGAGACGGCAAGAGAGCUGAGCAGACGGCUUGGGGGAAAUCUGAUCCACAGCCGGCCAGAGAGCGAGCAGGAUCAUUCGUUGCAGAUUUAUCCAUCCUACCACGCGACAACACCCCUUUUUUUUCCUACCUCACCCUCUUGUCCUUUCUUGAUAUCUCUUUUUCAACACUUCUGGGCAAAUAACUGGAUUUUGGAUUUCAUGGCAAAGUGGGUUUAGAUCAUACAAAUACAUAAAGGGAUACAAGGAAGACACUUGCAGAAAGUCUACCAGUGGCUAGAGGUGUUAAAUAAUCGUCAGAGAGUGUUAAGUUGACUUCUAAUUGAUCUUUUCUGGUCUCCCUUCCAGCGACAACAGGAAUAGAUUUCGAAGAAAAGGGUGACUUGACUAAAGGUGUUGUGUCAGACCCAGCAUUAGGACAUUCUUUCAGAGCUCUGAAGACUAGGAAAGAGGCUGGACCCACCCUUCAAGUUUCCCUGUCCCAUUGUGGAUUUGUACACGGAUUGCUACAUGUUCACAUCACAUCCAAGCUGUGGAUUUCUGCUGCACUGGCAUCCAAACAUUGAUGGCACUGAUUUCUAACAGAUGUGAAGACGCUUCAUCCCACACACUUUCCUGCUAAAGGCAUCUCUUUUUUUCCUCUUCUCUUGCUUGCUUUCACAGUGAACAUUUUUGAAGUUUCCUGUUGACAAUCGAGAGUUGGCCAAAAAUAAACCUAAACUAAUUUGGUGGAUUGACUUUUACACAACCUCUCCUGUAUCUAACUGGAUGUCUCUGAGUGUGAGUGUGGGUACUUGUGCUUUUGUGACUGCAUGACUGCAUGUAUCUUCUUUACCCCUGCCUUUCUUCAUACCUUCGGGAUACAUACUCAUAUAGUUGCUACUGAGAGUGCUUUGGGAACUCCUUUGUCCGCCUCUACAUUCCUAUCAUCUUUUCAAAGUCCGGCAUUGUCAAGAACCUUUUUGCAAUGUGCUAUCAAUACCUAUUGCAGGGUUAACCCUUGAUGAGCCAUAAAGGACGGGAAGGCAGGAUGAGUGAGAGCUCCGGAGCUGCUGUAUCUGGGGCAGUGAUCGUGGAGGAACCAGAAGGUUCGGGAGCUACCAGGGGCCGUGGAGAAGUCCAGGCUCAGGAUCAGGGUCCUUUUCGGUGUGCUGUGUGGCCUCGCCAGCAAACAUGGCUGUGCGUGGUCCCUUUACUUAUUGGUUUCAUUGGCCUUGGAUUGAGCCUAAUGCUCCUGAAGUGGAUUGUUGUGGGUACAGUGCGGGAUUAUGUGCCAACUGACCUGGUGGAUGCUAAUCGAAUAGGCCAAGAUCCCAUCUUUCUCUCCAAGCCAAGCGGGAUUCCUAAAGGUCCUGAUACUACCACCACUACAACUACUUCCACAGUCAACGGUGGAAACCCCACACCUAGAACCGUAACUGUGGCAAAAGGCAGAACUCGCACUGUUGCUUCGACCACAACUAUAAACCCCAGGGGGGGGGCAGCCUCUGGAAGUCAGGUGACUCCUCGGAACCCUGGAAAUCGUAACGGACGUAUACCUUCAAUCUUUACUACAACCACUGCAGCACCGCGGACAACCUUUGUAAUUGGAGCGGCGACUACUAGCUCAUCUCCUGCGAAUCCGACAGUUCUUCGUGACUCUACACAAAUGUGGACUACGGAACAUACUACUACAGAGGAGGUCUCUACCACGCUGACCAUGCAUACACAAAGCCAACGUAAAACACCAUCCCCAACCGUGCCUCCGCUUCACUCGGAGCAUUUCAAACCCUGCCAUGAGAAGGACUUGGCCUACUGCCUCAAUGGUGGAGAAUGCUUUGUCAUCGAGACACUCAGUGGCCCCCACAAGCACUGCAAGUGUCGCGAAGGCUACCAAGGAAUCCGGUGUGACCAGUUCCUGCCCAAGACGGACUCCAUCCUGUCAGACCCCAUUGACCACUUGGGCAUUGAGUUCAUGGAGAGCAAAACUGUGUACAAGAGACAGGUGCUGUCAAUCACGUCCAUCGCCAUGGCAAUCAGUCUUCUGGGAACAAUGUGCAUGGCACUCUACUGCCGCAACAAGAGGCGCAGGGAGAAGCUCCAGGCCCACCUGAAGGAAAGUCGCAGUUUGAAAAGCUACACGACCAAUCCCAUCAAUCUUCUAGAAGCCAAGAUGAGGGUCCCAAACACCAACCUGCAAAUGCAUGAGUACUGCAAGCGUCCCCCCACGUCUCACCAGGGAAGUGUGUGUGAGUCCAGCUUUGUCCCCGCCAGAGGCGCAGCCAGACAUCACCGAAGCGGCUCCUUGUCCCACAGCCCUGAGCAGAGAACCCGCUCAGCUCACUGGUCAACUCCUCGCAGAACGCCUCCUAUAACCAGAGGACGGCUAAACCCAAUCGGAGGAUCCAAGUUUUCAGGUCCUGCCUACGAACACCUUCAGGAAGUAGAGCCGUCUGAAAAGGAAGCAGAAGCACAAAAAAGAGUCCACUCCCAGGAGGAGAGCCCGGGCUGCGACACCAAACAAGAUGCCUUUGUACAUAUGCAAACUCCUGUUUCCAUGGAGACACAAUCGUCGGCCCUGCCUUGGUGCGGUAGCGCGCAGGUCCGCUCCCCUCCGCAAAGCAGCCGCAGCCUGAGAAGGCCCGGCCGCCGCCGCCGUAGCCUGUCCCCGUCUCUGCCUCCGUUUCGCUCCUGCUCCAUCCCCAUCAUUCCCUCCGUUCAGGGUCACCACGACAACGAGGUAUCGUGUAUGCAAACCAGCCCAGAAACCACUGAGAUGUCAAUAACCUGCGAGGAGGAGAGGAGGGACAAGGCAGCGCGCACCCGGCCCUCCUCGUCCUCAUCCUACUUGUGCUCCUCCGCCAUCGGGCAGCGGCAGGAGGCGGCGGCUCUGCUUCUGGAGGAGGCGCAGGAGCAGCUCAGAGCGUUGGCUCUUGCCCACAGGAAGCAGGAAGAGGUCGGGAGCUGCUCGGCAGCAGCCGCGCCAACGGAGCCUCGAGAAACUGUUUGCUUCCUGAACCUUAGCGGCGGAAGCGCCGUGGGACUCGGCUGCAGCGAACCAACGCAGACCCAGCUACUAUUGCACAGAGACCCGGCCCAAUGAGGCUGCUCCGUUUUCGGGACACGCACAUUUUUUUGUUUUUGGUUUGAUACUGUUGGCAGACCUGGUGUUCUGUAUCUGUAAGAUGUGAAUUGAAAAUGUCAAUUUGAAAAAAGAAAAAUACAUCAAGGGAAAUCCUAUCAAUAUGCAUACUGUAUGGAUACAAGCGUACAAACACUCUGAGUUGCCAACUUUCCACUGACUGACCGUAUGGAAAAGAGAAAAAAAUACCUUCAAGCUUUCAUCAACAAAACACUUCUGCUUAGACGAAAAGAAACCAAAUAGUCUAUCAAAUCCAUGUUUUUAACUGUAAAAAGAAUAUAUAAAUAUAUAUAUAUAUAUAAAUAUAUAUGAAAAUAAAUAUAUGGAAUUUAAAAAGUGACCGAGUACAAAGUUGAAGAACACAGGAAUGAUAUUUUGGUUUAGUCUUUAUUUCUCCACCCUUUGUUUUGUAUCUAGUCACACAUUUGGUAAUGAACAGCUUCGUGGUUGUUGCGCCGCACGUCCAGGAUCCAGGAAGUCACCGUCGAAGAAGGAAUCUCCUCUAUGAUCUCACCCCCUCUGCCUUUUUAAAAAAAACUGUGACCCAGCCAAGAAUUACACUACUGCCCUCUGUGGUUUUCAACGUUUUUCAGGAUUUACGGCACAAGAGAAAAACAUGAAGGGAAUCGGGGAGAUAAGUCAGCUUCCUGAGAGGAGAGGAUUAUAACUACCGCUUCUUUUCUCCGUUUUUGUUACAAACGAUAUUUUCACACAGAGGCACACACACACACACACACACACACAUUCAUGCAUUAUUUACUUUGUUGGCUGGGUGAAUGAAAAGAACUGCAGGUGAAAGACGGACAGAUCACAGGAGUUAAUCUGAUAUUUUUUUAGUUUGUCGUCCAUUUUUAGUUACUAAUGAACAAUGCUGCUUUUCUGUGGUUGAUGGGGGAUGAACCAUGUCGUUUUGGUAUUGAAACAAGAAAUAAAUGUCUCUAUGUUGUAUCCUAAUGUAUGACUUGGAAGCAUUUGAAUUUCUGUAAGAAGUCACAGCCCAAUGUUUCUGGUGUCAAAAAAAUGGUUCCAGUUCUGGUAAAGAUUUUUCAAAAUAUCACUUGGAUGAUUGAUUGAUUGAGACGAAUGUCCACAAUAGUGACAAGUUUUAAGCCUCUGGCUUAAAGACGAGGUCCAUUUUAUUAUCUCCAGUUAACCUAAGCAUAUUUUUCAACCACAAUACAGAGAAAAACAACAUACCGUAACUCUUACUACAAAUUUAAAGUUUUCCCAUUUUGUCAUCUUAGGACCACAAAGUCAAAAACAUAUAGUUGGUAUUAUUUAGGAUGGACCAACCCUAAUUAGUCCAACACUGUGAUGUGGAAGAAACUGAUAAUACUAACAUUUACUUCACAUUUUCAGUGCAACAUUUUUACACUUAAAACCAACAACUACUAUAUUCAGUUAAGUGUAAGGUAAGAGUAGAUACUGCAUUCAUUUUCUGACAUAUCAUCAAAAUGUCAGAUUUAACUGAAUAUGAUUCUCCAAAAGAGAAUAGAAAUGAGAUAAAAGUGAACUUUUAUCUCAUCAAUGAACAGAACAUUAGCCAAUAAAUGCUGAAUAGUGUUAAUCCUAGUAAGAAGUUUUUGUCUUUGAUGUAUCCCAGUGAUUUUCACCCAGUUUUUUCCUUAUUGUUGAAUCAUAAACAAUGAGGGUUCACCACAGGUUUCUUGGUUUCUUUAAAGAAAUCAAAGGUCUAAAAAUGGGUUUGUUACUCUUUCCAGAUGGACUGAUGUCAGUAAUCUUGUUUCCAUUAAUGUUUUUUAUUAAUUUUUUUGUAGUAUCUCAUUAGAACAGGUUGAUGGCAAUGGCAAAAUUCAAAAAACUAAGUUUUAUGCUGAGUUGAGGUUAAGUUCUGACAUACUAAAUGUCUUACCAGAGGCACAGACCGCAGUCCAAACCUCCAGCUUCCAGUGGAGAACUCUCCAUUUUUCUGAGAUGUGUGAUCCAUGCUAGUUUCCAACUUCUACAUCUUGUUUAUUACAGUCUCCCUUCGUACCUGGUAUGUAAUGGCUGCCCUGCACCAGCUUCACUCGUAGAGCCAUCCACGCUGGGCUUCGUUCAGGCUCUACAGUGGAAGAGUUGCUUCUCUAGCUUAAAGUUUGUAAUGAAGGCUUACACUGCAGAGUCAAGGUGGUACAACCAGUUAAACCUGGGCUUCUCUUCAACCAAUUAAGUCCAGAGAUCCUUUAGAACCAAAAGGUGCCACCGAUUCCUUGAGUUUGUUCCUUACUGGAGUCUGAAGGCAAAGUUUGCCACGGCUCAUUAAUUCUUGGCUGACUAGUCGGACUGGCUGUGUCUCCUGAGGGCGCAGAGAUUUAAUCAGGGUGAAAACAUCUAACGUGGUUCCUCAUCAGUUCAGCUCAUUAGCUGUGUUUGAAGAGUUUUAUUAAUUUUUGCAAAGCAUAUUCGUCUGGGGAGAUGAGCUUUGUGCUUUUCAGUCAAUUCAAUCAAAUCACUCGAUGUCUGUUUCAAACUGCUGAUUUUUUAAAAAUCCUUUCUUGUAAACAAAGCUGCUUCAUGUCAUCAGUCUGACAUUCUUAAAGCUGCAGUAUGUAAAUUUUUCAAAAUGUUUCCCCCUAUUUGUUAAAACUGUCACCAUGUUGUGAGAUAACCUGUGAAAAGAUUCAGCUCCUCUGCCUUCUCUCAGUACUAACCACAGAAAUACAUCGCUUGGUCAAAAACAACCAAUCAGAGCGAGGGGGAGGGUCUUAGUGCUGUCAAUCACCCACAUGUAUGAUAUAUGCUGCUCACACCCUGGCAUUUGCUCUCUGCUAUACUACAGCUGGCUGAACAUGAACAAGGGGUGUGAAUGCUUUUGCAAAGCAUUGUGUAAACAAAUUCUUAUAAUUUCAUUAUAAUUAAAAAUGACUAAACUUUGAAUCAGGACACUAUUCAAUACACAACACUGUCUUUCUGACCCUUCGCCUACAUUUUUUCAAAUGUUUUUUUUUUUUUUUGAAUAAUGCUUUUUUUAAUCUAUUUGCUGAAGUUUAGCAUUGCUAUGUAACAAAUGUUGCCCAAUUAUCAAUGCUUCUGACGGUGACUUACUGUGUGGGCUGAUUGUCACGUACUGUACAACAACAGUACAUUACCAUGACCUUUUAAAAAGACUUGAUAAAUGUCUGACAAUUGUCUAAAUGUA